AUUUAGACGACCCAAAAGAACAAGAGAAACUGAGAAAAGACUCGUCGCAAACAGGAGAAAAUGAAAAAGACCAGAAGAAGUAUGACUUAUUGGAAGAGCGUCUUCGUGCUAUCGAAGGAGUUGAUAGGUUUGGUACCAUGGACGCAACUGAGCUAUGCUUAGUGCCGGAUGUAUUGAUCCCUGCCAAGUUCAAGGUUCCGAAAUUUGAAAAAUAUGACGGAACAAAAUGUCCCAUGGCACAUAUUACCAUGUAUUGUCGGAAGAUGGCUGCACAGUCUCACGAUGGUAAGUUACUGAUCCAUUUUUUCCAAGACAACUUGACUGGGUCAGCUGCUCGGUGGUACGUACAGCUAGAUCGAAACCGUAUUAAGACUUGGAAAGACUUAGCAAGAGCCUUCAUAGCUCAAUACAAGCAUGUGGCUGAAUUAGCCCCUGAUCGGUUGUCAUUGCAGACUAUGAAAAAGAAGCAAAGCGAGAACUUCAAGGAAUAUGCCCAAAGGUGGAUAGAUACAGCAGCGCAAGUUCAGCCACCUCUCACUGAUAAGGAGAUGACUGUUUUGUUCAUAAAUACCCUCCGAGCUCCAUUCUAUGAGCUCUUGAUCGGCAAUGCCAUGAAAAACUUUACAGAUUUGGUCUUAUCGGGAGAAAUAAUAGAAGGAGCUAUCAAAAGUGGAAAAAUUGAAGGGCAUGAAGUUGCCAGCUCAAAGAAAGGGAGUACGCCCAAGAAGAAAGAAGGGGAUGUGCAAGCAGUCGCUCAUGAUAGCCAACAAGCCCACAACUUUAACCCAUAUUACCCGUACCCCCCAUACCAACCCUUCUAUCCAAACAUAGGCAACAUCACACAAAACCCAUAUGUGUACCAACCUGUCCCGCAACCAACAUUUCAAACCAAUGUUCUUCCACAAACUCCACCACUAAGACCGGUAGCUUCAACCAAUAAUCCUGGCCAUGAACCACUCCGACCACCUUUCCCGAAAUGGUAUAAUCCAAAUGCGCAUUGUGAUUACCAUUUUGGAAUUCAAGGGCACUCCACCGAGAAUUGCACUGCUUUAAAAUAUAAAGUUCAAGCACUCAUUAAGGCAGGGCUUUUAAAUUUUGUCAAAAAAGAUAGUUCGAGUGUUGAUGGGAACCCGUUACCAAAUCAUGGAAGACCGACUGUAAAUGCCAUACAUGAAGGGAUGAUUCGAAGGGUGAAAAAGGGUAUUGAUGAGAUUCAAACGCCAAUGGAUAAAGUGUUUGAGGCGUUGUCCAAGAUAAAUGCCAUUACUCCAGAACCCAUCGACACACAGGAAUUAGGGCAUGAUCUCGCUUAUUCUUGCAAAUUUCAUAUGGGGGCAAUUGGGCAUUCCAUUCAAAAUUGUGAUAGCUUUCGUCGUAAGUUGCAAGAAUUGAUGGAUUCAUCGGUAAUUGAGUUUUAUGAGGAAGCUGAAGAGAAUUUGGUCGGAACCAUAAAUGGAGACACCCCAGCUGAAGUGGCAUCAAGUUCAUUCGGGGGGAACAAACCUAAACCACUCACUAUCUUCUACGAAGAAAACAGAAGCCCGAUGAAUGAUACAUCCCCAACUAUGAUCAGAAGUGGUAUUACCAUCGAAGUCCCUAGUCCAUUCCCUUACAAGAGCGAUAAGGCUGUCCCAUGGAAUUAUGAGUGUAAUAUUUUGGGCACAGCUUCAUCCGCCCUUCAAGCAUCUUUUGAAGAUCUAACUGGUGUGGGGGGUAUAACGCGAAAUGGGAGAUGUUAUUCCCCUGAGAUAGCGGAAAGAGUUAGAAAGGGGAAACCAACAUAG